AGGGGUGCAAAAGUUCAGCUCAGGGUUUGGAGAGGGGGUUGUUAUUUUCCACGAAUGAAAUAAGGGACAGGGCAGGAAAAGACAGGACAGGUCUCGUGCAUGUGAAGAUCGAGGUCUGAUUGCCAUGCUACAUUUGAUAAGGAUGAAAGGAAUCCGGUUGCCCACCGCGUGCGUGUCGUUAGCGCGCGCGGUUCGGGAAAGCGUGAACGUGAACGUAACGGCCAGCCCGACCAGGCUGAUGUCCAGCAAGUCCUACAAUGUUCCUCCAAGCAGCGAGUUUGUCGCGCGCAUCUCCGGGAUCGCCACAAUGGCCAAGUUACCGUAUCAGGACACACCCGAGGGAUUGGACGCAGCUUUCAUCGGAGUGCCCAUCGACACCGGGACCUCCAACCGACCCGGAACCAGGUUUGGGCCUCGGCAGAUCAGAGCCGAAUCGUUCAUGCUGAGGAACUACAGUGGCACUGGAGCUGCACCUUGGGAGUCCAUGAUGGUCGCAGAUAUCGGUGAUGUGAAUGUGAAUUUGUACAAUCUGAAGGAUGCCUGCAAACGGAUUCGCGAGUUUUACCGCAACGUCAUGGCUGCCGGAUGCAUACCGCUUACAAUGGGGGGUGAUCACACGAUUGCGUACCCGAUUCUGCAGGCCGUGGCGGAAAAACAUGGGCCUGUGGGUCUGGUGCAUGUGGAUGCUCAUGCUGAUACAGGUGAUAUGUCCCUUGGGGAGAAGAUCACUCAUGGCACACCGUUCAGACGCUGUGUAGAAGAGGGACUGCUGGACUGUAAACGCGUGGUUCAGAUCGGCCUUCGAGGCACUGCCUAUUCCCCUGACGCCUACGCGUGGAGCAGAGAACAGGGGUUCCGUGUGGUCCAGGCGGACCAGUGUUGGCAUAAAUCUCUGGUUCCACUCAUGACAGAGGUUCGAGCCCAAAUGGGCAAAGGGCCUGUGUACCUCAGCUUCGAUAUUGAUGCUUUGGAUCCUGCAUAUGCCCCUGGCACUGGAACGCCUGAGAUCGCAGGCCUCACACCUAUCCAGGGACUGGAGAUAAUUCGUGGAUGCCGAGGUAUAAAUCUUGUUGGCUGUGACUUGGUGGAGGUUUCACCACCAUACGACACUACAGGAAACACAGCUCUGACUGCAGCCAACCUGCUUUUUGAAAUGCUUUGUGUCCUUCCAAAGACGAAACACUACUGAUUAUGAAAUGCUCUAAUUUUCGAAAUAAUCGAAAAUAUGUAAGAAUCCUCUGACCUCUGUUUACGCUGUAGCACAUAAACAUGGUUACAUAUAUGUAUAAUGUAUGUAAAUGAGUGGAAUUGUUUUGAAUGAAAUAUAAAAGUUUUAUCAAUCUAAAAAAUGGAAAGUAAAUAAACAGAAGGGAAUUUCAAAGGAA